AUGGAACGGAUUUGGCAUACAAUUACAAAGAUGUCACUAGAGCUUGUACCAAUCAGUGUGAUCAUGUCUGUGCUUACAGACCAAGUCAUCAAAACAGCUAAUGCUGCCAAAGAUGUUUUUGACAAAGAGAGUUUCAAGGAUCUGUCAAAGCACCUUUUUGACAUUGAGCUUGUUCUAAAGGAAUUGCAGCUUCAAAAACUAAAUGAUUCACGUGCUGCAAGGCAAGCUUUGGAGUUCCUUGAAGCCGAUGUCAAAAAGGCUAAUAACUUGAUUGACAAGUACAAAAACCGUGCCCCUUUCUACUUGCUGGUCAGGUGCCGACACAUCAUCAAGGAAGUACAGGAUGUCACAAGGGAUAUUGGUAAAUCUUUGGCCGCUUUGUCACUAGUAAACACUGAUGUCUUAUCUGGGAUAUCAGACCAGGUGAAUAGGUUACAAAGUGAGAUGCAAAGAGCGGAAUUUGACGCUUCUCACUCUCGGCUCCAAAUAAUUGACAAGUUAAAUCAGGGUCUUACAGAUCAAAAAUUUGACCAGGGAUUUGCAAAUGACCUGCUCAAAGAAAUAGCAAGGGCAGUUGGGGUGCCAGUUGAGCCGUUGGAGUUAAGCAAAGAGCUAGAAAGCUUCAGAAGAGAAAAAGAAGAAGCUGCCAACAGGAAAGAAAGGGCUGAAGUUCUGUUCUUGGAGCAGGUUAUUGAGCUGCUCUCUCAAGCCGAUGCUGCAAGGGAUUAUGAGGAAGUCAGGAAGCAGUAUUUCGUAAGGCUCCAGGUCAUAGAAUGUUAUGAUCCAAGAGAAGAAUAUAUCCAGCCGUUUAAAGCUUUCAUUUGCUGUAUAACUGGGGCUGUUAUGGUUGAUCCUGUUAGCCUCUGUACUGGAACUGCAUGUGAGAGAGCAGCUCUUGAAGCUUGGUUAGAACGUGGGGAGAAAACUGAUCCAGAAACAGGUGCCCUUCUUGAAGAUUUCUCUUAUAGGUCCAACCUUCGACUCAGACAAUCCAUUCAAGAAUGGAAAGAACUCAACUACUGCAUCAAAAUCAGAUCCUGCAAGGCAAAAUUGCAAUCAGAGGCCCAUUUUUUAGUCGAAGAGGCCCUUGAUCAAAUGCGGGAGCUUAUGAAAGAGAAUUCCAUCAACAAAGACUGGAUUUCCAUUGGAGGGCUAACUGAUAUUAUUGUCACCAUACUUGGAAACUCACAUAAUGAAGAUGUGAACAAAAAUAUACUCAUUACCUUAAAGGACCUUGCUGAAGGGCAUGCGAGAAACAAGGUCAGCAUUUUAAUGUUGAAAAACAGUAGAACUCUGCUUUCAUUGUCUGAAUUUACUGGUAACUGUUUUUUCUUUCUUCAGUCCCUAGAUCCUUCUAUUCACCUGAUAAUUCUGGUUGAAUUUAAGUUUCUUUAG